AUUUGACGUUGUUAUAAACAACGAACAACCUUCAACUUCAACAACCCACCAAUGAUAGUGAAGUUUGGUUUACUAAAUUUUAAAGAUUUUUUUAAGUCCUUUAUCAGUUGCAAACGAUUUUCUAGAUUUUAUUUAUUAUUAGGAUAAAAAGUGCAUGAAAAUUAGAAACAAUGAGUGACCAAGAGCAGUCCCCUGUUGAAUCUACCCAACCCAAUCAAUUAACUCCUCAAGAAUUAGAGAAACAAGAGGAGGCAAAACUUAAAGCCAAAUUCAACAUUCCUUCAGGUGGAGGACCAGGUUUAAAAGCAAGUGGACACUCAGCCUUCUUACAAAAGCGUCUGUCAAAGGGACAGAAAUUUUUUGAUUCUGGAGAUUAUCAAAUGGCAAAACAAAAGUUUGGCAAUAUUUCUAACAAAGCAGGACUUCAGUUGCCCGGCCCUAUAUCGUUUGUAGGCACAGGUGAUGCCAUCCCGACUCCUGAAACAGUUCCUAUAAGAAAAACUUCCAUAGUUCAACCUUCAAAAUUUACUAAUAUUAGUUAGAAUAGACUGAUGCUGUAUAUCUGUAGCCUUUAAAGUUGGUUAUGUAUUAUAAGAAUAAUUUUGUUGCCCCAAUGAACAGUCAUUUUAUACAAUAAUUAAACUAAAACGUGCUGCUUUAUUUGUAAUAAUGAAAUAUUUGUUAACAUUCAAAUUUUAGAUAAUAGCUAGAACUAAUUUGUUUUGUUAUAUUCAUGGAAUAUAUUACGUAAGUUUAUUUUUAAAAUCUUGUGACUAAUUUUACAAAUCGUGAUGACCAUUUCAGUAGUAAUGUGUUAGAAAAGAUAUACCUAAUAAAAAAUAACUGUAUUAUAUCAAUAGUCUUUUAUAUUUAACAGAUUAACUAUGUCUUAUAUUAUGUUUAUUCAGAAAAAUGUAUUUGUUAUAUUUUGGUGGUUCAUCAAAAUAUAAUAAUUUAAGAGAUAGCUUGGUUUUAGCUGUUAUUUAAAAUCUGGAUUCUACACUAGUUAAUCAAGAAAGCAAUUUGAAAGUUAAAAAAUACAAUGUAUGUUUUAUUAAAUAAUAAAUCUCUUAAUCUUAAAAAAGAAACAUUAAUAGUUAAUAUACGUAAGAUGCUGAAGAAAAUCGGUUUUGAUAUUUUUGAACAGGUUAUUAUAAAGUUAAACUUGGUAUUGAUACCAAUAGACGAGAAUCCAUUUUUAUCUCUAAAUCCUAACCGGCAUUGUAGAAUAUUCUAAUACUCAUGGAUGCCUUCUAAUUCUUCUUCUUCUUUUGGCAUCAUAACCCUGGUUGGGUCUGCCUGUCUGGCUAUGCCCUUCCACUCGGAUCUCUCUUGUGCCCUUCUUCUCCAUUUGCUUUGUUCAUGGUUUUCAGGUCGUCUUCCACGUCAUCCAACCAUCUCGUUCUGAGCCUACUUUUUUUUCGCCUUCCUAUCUGCUUCCAUUGUAAUAUUUUCUUUGUUUUAUUUUUAAUCGUCUUGUCUACACAUGUCCUAGCUAGGAAUUGCAAUCCAGCAGCAUUUUCAGUCCAGCUGGAUUUUUGCAAGAUUAACCUGGAUCCAGCAAAAUGUAAAUUCAAAAUAAAAACACGAUUUUAAUGUUUUUAUUUUGUUCAUUUUUGAACAAUUUUUUGUUCAACUUUGCUUGUGUCGGCUGAGAAUUGUCAUGAAUAAAAUUUUAUCCAAAUGAACUUAUCUGUUGUAAGAGUAAAUCAUUUGAAGUAAAUUUCAUUGACGGCAAUUUUGAGCUGACACGUUAAGUAAUAUGUUUUUUUCCAUGGCUUACUGAGGACGUUUUUUGGAUCUCAUGAUAAAAAUCAGUCUGUAUUCUAAAUUUCUAAACAACAUGAAUUAUUUAGUUUCUUGAAAGUGAGACCUUAUAAAACAUAUGUUGUCUAUUGCCUUACCGCCUAAUCUACUCUGCACAAAACUGCACAUAUUGCCGGUUGCGGAGGAAGCCCUUUCGGUCUCUAGGCUGGUCGGUUUUAAGGUCAUCAAAUGGUUAUAAACCAUGGACAAAUUAUGAUCGAUUUUCGCUGUUUCGGUCUCAUAAACGGUCAUUUCCUUUUUGAAAAUGUCUGCGUAAUUUUUUGAGAAUAUAUUUUUUUAGGUUAUAGAAGUAUUUUCUCUCUCCUCUUUCAGUUCAAUUUCAAGUUCUUGUUCUAAAGUAAAAUUCACGGAGUCCGGAUUAGCGACCCGUCUUCUACUACCAUUAUGUCCUCUGGCACUGGUUCCACAAUCACUUGUUUAUUUAUACGACUCGACAAAAUUUUCAUUUUCUGUCGCAUUGCAUUCUUUUUCGGCAUGGGGAAAUAACCAGGACUCUUUAGUCCUUCAUCAUCCAUUUUUUGAUUUUGUAAGUACACUGAUGUAGCUGUAAUUUCAGAGAGGCGCUGUUCCGCGAUUCUGUUGCGUAGUGCUUUCGAUUGCUCGGAACUAAGGUUUACAUUUUUUUUUAAACAAACUAAAUAGUCCUGACUAUUUAGUUUGUCUAAGGCAAAUUUCCUGGUUGUGUCGGCCGAUAUCAAAGUGGAGUCUCUUCUGCAUAGAGCUUCUACAGCCAGUUUCACCGGUUGAAAUGUAGCGAUCAACUCGUUGAUUAUUGACCACUCGCCAGCAGAGAAUUUUAUCGCAGAAUCAAUGUCUAUCAACACUAUAUCGAUGCAAAAUUUUAGACUGUAGAAUCGUUCCAGCAUAGUAUGCAAACUGUUGCUGACACACGGCUUUGAAUAAAGAGGCCAAUGAAAACAUGAAGUAACUUAUUUCGAACUUGACAGCACGUAAAAAAGACGCUGGAUCCAGCAAUUGCAAUCUCUAGUCCUAGCCAUGACAAUCUUUGACUUUUCACAAAUCGUACAAUAUUGUAACCUUCAUUCAAUUCAUUAACCUCGUUUCUCCUGAUUCUCCAUGUGCCAGCUUUCGCUUACACAGUGCCAUAUACUUUUCUUAGUAUUUUUCUCUCGAAUGUCCCUCUAAUUCAAAAGUACAUAUUCAUCGUUUGGUAUUGUUUAUAAUUUUAUUAAAUAUAUAAAUAUAAUUACAUAUCCUCGGCCUAAUGUGAAAAAUGCAUAAGUUAAAAAUAACUGAUUUUACAGGAGAGACAAAUAACUACCUGCAUAAGUCCACUUAUAUACAACUAAAUAUAAUGUGAAAAUUGCACAAGUCCCUAAAUAAUUUAUAUUCACGUUUUUAGUAAUCAAUCUGUUGUGUUAUUUUAAUAUGCACCCUGUAGGUACUCGCCCGUUUACAGUAAAAAGACUUUUUAUUGUAUAAACAUCAGAAAAACACCGAAACGUUUUAAUGGUUUGGUCACUAACAAGAGCGGACUUGUGCAGAUUUCAUAUGGUGUUCAACAUUAAUGGACUUAUGCAUAUUUCAUUUUCGCAAUUUUAGCAAAAUCUAGUAAAAUAUAUUAGAAGAAAACAGAGCCGUACAUAGCUUUUGGAUAAUGCUACCAGAUGCCAUCAAAAGUCUAAAAUUUAAUAUUUUGGACUUAUGCAUUUUUUUCUGGCUCAACUUUACAGUAACUUAAUCUUAUUACAAGUGACAAGCUAGAUAAUUUUUCUAAUGGAAAUAAUCUAAAACAGUUUUUUCUUCGCCAUCUUUCGUAGAAUACUUAGUACCGUUUACUGAAAGAUACUGAUGAAAAAAUAAAAAAGAUACAAUAGUUUUGUUAGUAAGGACAAUAUAAGUUUCAUUACUUCUAGUGUUAGACGUUUUAGGUUAAUCUCCAAAUAUUGAUCAAUGUAGCUGUAUUCAGGAAGACAUAUAGAUGUAUCUAGGAUUUAUUACCUACUCUGUUAAUGCAAUUUGUACAAAGAAAAAAAAAUGAUAAUUAGCAUCCUGAAGAUAGCUAUAUAAACAAAAACUACAAAAUGAAGUUUUUGUUUUUAUUUUUGUAAAAUUUGGGAUUGACUUUUAUAUUUUAAUUACUGUGACUAUGUUCUUACGAAUAUUUGAAUAAACGUACAGAUAAAGAAUAAAA